AUGUUUAGCUACUCUUCACCAAAUUUGCCAGAAACUCUUCAUAAUUCCCAAUUUUUAUUACUAACUUUAACGGCUCCCACUUCAAAUUUAAACCCUGAAUACUUCAGCUCUUUGAUGAAUUAGUAUAUAUUAAAUGUUUCAAUAUACAAGGUAUGGGCCUGUCCUUUAAGUAAAAAUUAUGUAUAGAUCAUUAAUGGAAUGUAGAGUAUUGGUAUAAAUGGCUAAUACAGAAUCAGCUUAAAAUGCAAAAAAGGCUUUAGAUCAACUUUCAUCAAAUUUUAUAAAAUGUUCUUACUAUUAAGAUAAUAAAAUACAUAGUUCAUUUACGAUGGGAUCAUAUGAAACUAUUCAAGAUAUUAAAGUCAGUACUUUGAAAAAUAAACAUUCCACUUCAUUGAAUGAAUGUAAUUUUUUAAAAUUAAAUGUAGUAAUAAAUGAUGCAGAUUCUAAACCACAAAGCGCAACUGUACUGCCUACAAGUUAAAGACUUAUUCCUUCAUCAAAAAACAUUUAAUCAACAAAAACACUCUGUUUGAAUGGCAUUUAAGGAAAAAACUUAGAUGCUCUUAAUAUUUACAAUAUCUUUAGCAAUUUCGGUAACAUUGAUAAAAUUAUUUUAAUUAAGUAAAAUAUUGAUCUUAAUCCAUAGUCUAAAGAAUUUUGCUUUAAUAAAAUAUUUGAAAGAAGAUUAGGCUUAUUUCGUAUAUUAGAAUUGCCAAAAUAUACAGUUUUUCGAAAGCAAUUUAACUAUCACAUUCGCAGCAGAUGAUUCUAUUGAUAAAUUAAUAGGUCUAGACACUCUUUAUAAAGAGUAAGAUUAUUACAUAGGUUCAGAAGAUACAGAUAGGUAAUUAAUAUUUAAAUUGAGAUUUAAUGCAAAUAAUAAAAUGAUUUUAUUACCCCCUAGUUCAGUACUUCAUAUCUCAAAUCUUAAGAAAGUUUCAUCUAAUGCAGAAACAAUGUGGGAUAUCUUCUCUGAAUAUGGUAUUGUUGAAGUAUAACAUUUUAUAUAUUAUAUAGGCUGUCAAAGUUUUAAAUUCUUAAUUUAAAUUUAUGUGUUUAGUCAAAAUGGAAAGCUUGAAAUAGGCUUUAGAAGUUAUGGCUUUAAUGCACAAUCAAGAAAUUGAUGGCAGGAACAUACAAAUCUCAUUCACGAAAGCAAAAAUAUGA